AUGGUGGCCCUAGAUCCAAAAGAGCAGAGGAAAGUUCCGAUUUUCCUCAAAAGAAGUCCAGGAUCGACAUCAUCGACAAGUGAUGAUAAUUGCGUGUCAUGUGGUGAUGCACCAAAAUGUCCUACAUGCAAGGAUGAUGAACAGUGUGUGAUGACAACGCAAACUUGUGAUGUCUGUCCAAAGACAUAUUGCACAAAGUUAACAUCAACUCUAAACUCAUCAAAAAAUUCUGGGCUUAGUGGGGCGAAAAUAAGCGGAAUAGCAAUUGGAUCAUUAGUGUUUGCAGUUCUAUUGAUAGCAGGUGCUGGCUACCUCAUAUACACCAAAUGGUGGUUAAAGAAACAUCCAGAUUCAACCCUUUUUGGAAUGCGGUUUGGAUAUAGGAAUAAGGAACAGGAUGAUCAAGAUCCAUUGGAUGGAGACGAGCUUGGUGAUGACUGGGAGGACAAGAAGCAAAGCAGAAGGAUGUCACAAAUAAGUUCUUCAAGAAGUUCUGUCAUGACUAAGGCAUCAAACGUGUUAAAUGUUGCAUACAUUCCAGGUGUUAAAAUCAGUGCUGGACGUGGAAGGAGAAUUCCGCAUUCUACGAGAGCAGCUAGUGUCUUUUCUAAAGAUACACUUUUAAGCAGCAUUGAUGAAGCUUCUGUUCAUGCCGGUCAAGUGGCAUCCAAAGGUAUACAUCCACAAUUAAUCAAAGUUACCCAGCCUGAAAUUACAACAGAUGAGACUGCAUCAACUGAGAAGAGCCUAUUGGGUGAAAACAGCAUGAAGACUAACUUGCAGCAGGAGGUGAUUCAGGAAGAGGAAGAGGAAGAAGAGGAGGAAGAUAAAAAGGCAGCAAGUAUUAAAGUGAAUAAAAGCAGUAAGCCGGCCUCAAUAUUUACAUCAGGGAAAGUUUCCGAUAAAAUAAACCUAGACAAGACUCCAUUUGGAGCGUUAGUGUUGAAAAAGAAAUCGGAACCCCUGGCGUCUGAUUCAGAGUCAGAUACAGAUUCAGAUCUUCUUGAUUCUGAUACUGAGAGUAUACAGAAAAUCAAUGAAGAAUUUCAGAGAAAGAAGGAAGAGGCACUUAGCAGGUCUGGAACAAUGAAGAAAAGGGGACUUAAUAUCCCGGUUCGAAUUGUAUCAGUAGGUGAAGCCGAAACGGUCAAUGAAGAGGAAAAAAAGGAAGGAUCAGGAUCGAAUGGAAUCUUGCUAGAGUUGGAUAUUGAUGACAGCAAGACGGACAAUGCGGUUACUGCCACUGACAAGGAUGUUGCAAAAAAAGAGAAAAAGGCAGAUGAAGAAACAGUAGAAAAGUCAGCAGGCAAAGAUGGUGAAAGAGAAGAAAAGACACAGAAGAGUCCGGAAAAUGGUAAGAACGGGUUGAAGUCAUUAGAUCCAUUCAAAACACCAUUUGAUUAG